CCUGUAACAUUUGAGGAAUUUGAUGAUUAUUACAACGAAUGUUAGUAUUUCUCUCGGCCCAGCGGAAGGCAUGGUUAUUUUCGGCCGGGGUGGGCACAGCCAAGACGUGGAAUGUCGCAGAUAGAGGUGCUCACUAUUGGUCAAAUGUGCCGAGAUUCCAGUACGCGAUUGGGUACUUCAACUGUCUGUCAACAUCCUCCCGCUGCUCGCUUGUUUACUGUUGUCAUGGAGACUGCGCUGAGCGAGGCGGCGAGUUAAGGAGCCUGGAGAGGGUGAGGGGACAUUAAGAUCAACACGAUACCAGAAUGGAUUUCUCGUUUUCUGUUAACCAACUGCAAGCUUUGUCAAAUCUACUUACACCUGCAGAACAAGAGGAAGAAGACCUGGAAGAACAGUUUCAGCCUGAAGGAGGAGCCAUUGUCCUUCAACCUGGCCAGAUUGGACCACCAAAACGAUCAAAUCCCACAGCAGAUUCCAGCACUGUUGAGCCUACAGACAACAAAACAAUCUGGGCAGAGGACGAUGUACCUGUAGGGUCAGAGUUUGAAGACAUCUGGGAUACAAGACAACAGCCAGAGUAUGAAAUUCUGUUCAAACAGAGAGUUGGCACGGAGGAUGUAUUUCUAGGCAUGAGCAGGAAGGAUGGAUCCACAGCUUGUUGUGAAGACAUGGUGAUAAAAAUCAAACUGCCAGGCUGCAAACCAGCAGAUCUCACUGUGGAUGUUAAAGAGCGAUUUCUGGGCCUUAGAUCUUCCACCUACAAGUUGGGUUUACACUUACCCCAUCCAGUGGACAACAAGAAUGGAAGGGCUCAGUUCCACUCUGACACUCACACACUGGAAGUCACCUUAACCAUGAAGAGAGAGUAUGACUUCAUUAACUUUGCUUGAGCAGAUCAAUAGGAGCUGGAGACUUCAGCAGAGUCAGAGCAAUGAUUAAUUAUACAAGAGCAAAUAUCAGUCUGCGCUAUUGUCCACUAUUUUCAACAUUUUUAAAGAGCAAAACUAUGUAAUUAAACCAUUCAUAAAGAAAAGUGGGACUGCACAAAAUAAUUUACCAACACAGUGCUGUACAACAAACCUUAUCUUGCCUCCAGGAAACACCACAGACAAUAGGGAGUCAUCGAAGUUAAGUAUUGUGAGAAUCUUUCUUGUGGAUUUUUAUCACUCGUUUGAUUCCUGAAGACGUUAAGUGAAAAAGGUGUUCCAUAUUAAUUGUAAUCUAUCUUUUUCAUAAUGUUCUGCGCAAAUUUGAAUUGUUAAAGCACAAAGUUUACCCUGUUAACCCUGCCAAACCACCCUAUAAAGGUGAAAGGUGCUAAGAUGAUACACCAGAGAAAAUCACUGAUUCUCUAUCACGUACCCAAAGACAGAACACACCCUGAAAAUCUCUCGCUUGUUGCCACUCUCUGCCUUUUUUCCAUUUUUCCUAAUAUACAUCUCAAAGUUCCUCUCAUGUACAUAAGCCAUUCAAUUCAGGCCCUUUUUUAACUAUAAUGCUAUGUUGGAUAAUUAAUUAAUAUGUCUCGCUUUGCACUAAUUCCAUUUUUUGUGCCCUCUCUUCAGUUGCCUUUGGAACUUCCAACUGGUGUGAACAGAAUCCUUUCCACAGUGUGUUGUACUUUUUAUCAGUUAUCUAUGCCUUUUUGAUCUCAAAUAUCUUUCCUUUUUGGUCAGCUUUAACAUCAUCGCUAUCCUAUUACAAUUUCUGUUGUAGCCUCUGGAAGAGUAUUAAUUAAAUA